AUGUAUUUAUCGACGUCCAUCAUCUUCGUGGUCAUCUACACAGUACAAGCAAUCAUCAUCAUCGUUGGAAACGUCUUUACUAUCUUUGUCUUCUGGACUCAGAGAUCUCGCCUAAAACGAACUUAUUUUCUCUUGAUCAACCUCGCAAUCGCCGACUUUCUUGUGGGGAUUACAGAGCUAACAGUCUUAGGAACCGCUAUAUCACAAAUCACGACGGAUGAUUACGCAGUACUAAAGCAAAGCCAAUCAUAUCCCUUCGUGGCAUUCGUUCUCCUAUCAUCAAGUACCUCCGUUUACUUUCUGGCGCUUAUCUCCUUGGAACGAGCUUUUGCCGUCUUGUGGCCAAUCCGCCAUCGCAUCGCAAACAGUGGAGUUUACAUCAAAAGCAUCCUUGUUGUGUGGACAAUUGGACUGUGUUUCUUUGCUUUAACUCUCCUCUCCUUCCAUUACCCAGAGGUGAAAAAGAAAUACGUUUUCGCGUGUACUAAUACAUGUCUUCUUAUUUCUCUCUUGGUUAUCUGUGCCAGUUAUCUUAAAAUACACAAUCGAUUACGUGCACCAUCACCCGAGCUUGAAAUCCAUACCAAUCAACUAAGAGAACGCAAUGUGCGGCUUUCAAAAACACUUUUUAUCGCAAUUGCUUCAUCUCUUGUGUUCUGGAUGCCGGCGUUUGUUGUCUACUCAACGAGAGAAUUAUGCCUACGAUGCAUUCCUGAUACUGUGGUACCCUACGUGUAUGCCCUACAUUUAGCAAAUUCUAUGAUGAAUCCUCUCGUCUACAGCUUCAGGAUGCAAAUUUUCAAAGACAUCCUGAAGAAAUUCUGCAGCCGAAAACGACAUAACAUGGAAAUGAGAGCUACACCGCAAAACACAGUGGAUUUAGCUUGGAGAGUUUCUUUCACUCCAAAAACGCAUGAGGCAAUUUCACCAACUAUUUUAUCAACUUCCGGCAAUGACGAAAAA